AUGGCCUCCUCCGUCGUCACCCACAAGACCACUGACACGGUGGACCGCGAAAAGAAAUGUCCUUUUCUGCUGCGCGUCUUUAUUAACAACCACGGCCGGCACCACCAUCUGAAUGAGUUCGCCCGCGGCAAAGUGCCCUCGAAGGAGGUGCAGAUCUACACCUGGAUGGACGCCACGCUGAAGGAGCUCACCGCCCUGGUAAAGGAGGUGAACCAGGAGUGCCGCAAGCCGGGCUCGCGAUUCGACUUUGCACUGGUCUUCCCCGACAGCCGCGCCAACACCUACCGCAUGCGGGAGAUCGGCAGCACAGUGAGCGGCCGCAAGGACCCCGCAGACAUGAAGACGCUGGGGCAGGCGCGCUUCCAGAUUGGCGACUACCUCGACGUGGCCAUCAACAUUCCCGGCGAUGAUCGUGGUGGCGGCGGUGGUGGCGGUAAUGAUCGGCGAAUGGAUCGCGGUCCGCCGCCUCGAUUGAUGGACGGAGGCAGAGAAGGUGGAGGACCUCGAGGCGGCGACGGAGAUCACCGCUUCUACGGAGGUCGCAACAACUUUGGCGGUCGUGGCGGGGGUGACCGAGAUCGCGACCACCACCGAGGACGUCCAUACUGA